CCCAAAGAGGGGAAAGUCCAACAUGGCGGCAAGGCGACCAAAAUUUUUUCGUCAACACAAACAAAAGUGAAUUUCUGCAGAAAUAAGUGGCUUGAUGUUGGACACUAGACUUGAGCCAUGUCGGUCAGUGCGUACAUUGCAGUUGUUCGUCCCAAAGUCAAGACUUCCCUGUCAUCAUCCGACUACAAAGCCAAGUGGUAUGAAGUCAUUCUUAUGGAGGACAAGCUGGGAGAUCCACAAAGGACAGUCAAAGGUUUAUUGCACAUGAGAAUAAGAGGAGGAGAAGACCCAAACAGACAAGUGCUGGAGUAUGUUUAUGAUGCCACCAAGAAGUCCUCUUCCAAAAUGCAGGGACUCAGAGGAAAGAGAGCAGUACAGAUAGCCAGGUUUGCAGAGGAUGAAAUAGCAGGCAGAGACAUCAGGAGUAACAAGAAGGCCUUCCUAUAUGUGGUACCAGUCGCAUCAAAAGACCAGUUGAGCAUGCCAUCGGACCCGUCCCAGCCCAGUUUCUGCUGCCUACAGGACAUCCUGAGGGUGUGUGCUGAAGGUCAUGGUCACUUUCCAACCCUAACGUCCAGGAUGCUCAGGACACUUGACCAUUGGCUGAAGGAACAACACUCAGUCCCACACGCAGUGGAAGCUCUCUUCCGACCCUCGGCGCUGGAGAGAAUAAAGAUGAACGUGCUGAACCCGGCGUACUCUCACGGCUCAGAUCACCAUGGAGACAAGAUGCCAACGCCCGAGGAAGCCAUGGCGCGGAUGAUGGAGGUGGAGAAGUGUGAUAUCGUUAUUAUCAACCCGGUGUUUGGGUCGGACCUGAAGUAUACAAACCAGGUUGAUGCGUAUGUGGUGAACAAGUUCUAUGGCAUGGGAACUCCAGACUACAGUAAACUCAAAGUCCCAGACAAAACUGCAGACUCACCUCCAAGAAGAGAAAAGGCUUGGAUGGAAGAAUACCCCCUGCACAGGGCCAUCUCUGUAGGUGAUAUGGAGAAAGUCAAGGACCUUCUGGCUAAAGGCACACCAGUACAGGAGCUGGAUAAAGAGUCCUGGGCACCCAUACACUAUGCCUGCUGGUAUGGGCAGUUGGAGGCAGGUAUGAUACUGUUAGAACAGGGGAAAUGUAACCCUAACCUGGUGAACAGGAACAAGAGCACACCUCUGCACAUAGCAGCCGGCUGUGGUCAUCCUGCACUGGUGCAGCUGCUACUCAGACAUCCAGAGAUAGACAGGAAUGCCAUGAACAAAGACGGCCAGACUCCCCUGGAUGUGUGUGAACAGAACAAACAGAAUGAAUGGGAGCACGCUGCCACUCUACUGAAGGAGGCUCUCAAUAAACCUUACCAGAAGAUCCGAGUCCACCUGAUGGACGGUUCCCACAAGGAGCUGAGUCUGAUCAGUGGGAACAACACCACGGUGGAGAUCAUGUUGAACCAGCUCAACUUUCCUGACUCCUGUAAACAGCUUUUUGCCAUCUGGAUAGCCUCCAGGAACCUCUUUCUGCAGAUGAAACCGGAGCACAAGCCUCUGCACCAUCUGAAGGACUGGGCUGAGAUAGUGGGAGAACUGACAGACUGUAACCCUGAGGAGGAAACACCACUUCUGUAUGUCAGAAGGGACGCACGACUACACAUGGAGGUGGAGAGAAAGGUGCAGGAUCCAAUGGCGAUCAAGAUGUUAUUUGACGAGGCGCGGACCAACAUGCUCCAUGGGAUGUACGCGUGUUCGGAUGAGGACACUGUGGCCAUGGCCGGAGUCAUGAUGCAGAUCAUAUACGGAGACCACGACCCUAACAGACACAAACCUGGAUUUCUCAAUGACCUGAACCUGAAGCUGCUCCUGCCCAGCCACAAGCUGAGGAACAGGAACAUGAACUGGGUUGAGGGGAUCCUGGCUGAACACCAGCAGUUAACUCAUCAGGGUAUCAAGGACAUACAGACCUUGCAGUACCUGUACCUGCAGAGGUGUUGGAACUUCCCCACGUACGGCUGUGCCUUCUUCAGCGGACAGAUCAUGUCACGGCCGGUCAGCGGGAGUUCUCGCCAUAUCGUGUCUGUCCACGUUGGGGUCAACUGUCUCGGCAUUCACAUUCUGAAUGCCCAAACUAAGCAACUUCUGUAUUCGUCACGUUUCUCUAACCUCCAAUGGGAGUACUCGAUGGAGGGAGCGUAUUUCCAGCUUCGUACGAGAGACAACCAGAGUAUACGGGUUCACACCAAACAGGCUGCCCUGAUCUGUAAUUUGAUGACAAAGCUACACUCCAGAGGGUGAAAUCUGAACACACUUUCAGCAGAACUCAACUUAAAUCAGCAGUCCCACUUUUAUUUCUAUAGACGGUGUUCCAAGGUUGACAACCUUUGAUGGAAUCUGUUGAUCGCUACAAGAUCGCAGACAUUCGAAAUCAAGUCGAAGGAAUGGACCGUUCCAGAUCGAACGCAUCGAAUCCACUGCACUGUUCUAUUUCGAACACCUCCGUCAAACUCAGCGCGGGAAAUCUAAAAUCAGCAAACUGAGUUGAUGUCUGCUUGAUAAAGACUCCUUGUUUUACACGUGAAACUGAAUUUGUGACAUUGCAUGCACUUUCAAGUUGAUUAAGGACGUUCUGUUACACAUGUAUCGGCUGUUAGUCAGCAACCGGGCACUCUUGUCCACCUACCGUGUGAUGUUAUGCGGCCAAUCCCGCGUCUGUAUAGAGUGAAAACAUUUUGCUCUCACUGAAACUACCUCU